CUGCCCUCCUUUAUCGAAAACUGGUUGCUGGAGUCCAGUGUCGCCAUAUUGUCAUCCCGAAGCUCUGAGAGGGAAGCACCAGUUCGCUGGCUGUGCUUGGCUCAUCGACUAAUCCCAGACCCAGACUUGAGCCAGGAAAACCUGAGGCCUGUGCGGCCUUGUGACCGUGCGGUUAUCAAUCAAUGAAAGGUCCUGAGGAGAGAGCCGUUGCUUCCACCUGAAGAUGUCUGGCCCGGUCACCAGCCGAUCCCGGGUUUACCCCGAUGUGAACACACAGAGACCCCGGGAGUACUGGGACUACGAGUCACACGUUGUGGAGUGGGGGAAUCAAGAUGACUACCAGCUGGUGCGAAAGCUCGGCCGGGGCAAAUACAGCGAAGUGUUUGAAGCUAUCAACAUCACAAACAACGAGAAAGUAGUCGUCAAAAUACUCAAGCCAGUAAAAAAGAAGAAAAUCAAGCGAGAAAUCAAGAUUCUAGAAAACCUGCGAGGCGGCCCCAACAUCAUCUCACUUCUAGACAUCGUCAAGGAUCCAGUGUCUCGGACUCCAGCUCUGGUCUUUGAACACGUCAACAACACAGACUUCAAGCAAUUGUAUCAAACGCUAUCCGACUACGACAUACGGUUCUACAUGUAUGAGAUCUUGAAGGCUCUGGACUACUGUCACAGUAUGGGAAUCAUGCACAGAGACGUCAAGCCACACAACGUCAUGAUCGACCACGAACACAGAAAGCUUCGCCUUAUAGACUGGGGUUUGGCAGAGUUCUACCACCCUGCUCAGGAGUACAACGUACGAGUGGCUUCCCGAUACUUCAAGGGUCCAGAGCUGCUGGUCGACUACCAGAUGUACGACUACAGUUUAGACAUGUGGAGCUUGGGCUGCAUGCUGGCCAGUAUGAUCUUCAGGAAGGAGCCUUUCUUCCACGGACAUGACAACUACGACCAGCUUGUACGAAUCGCAAAAGUCCUGGGCACAGAAGACCUGUACGACUACAUCGACAAAUACAACAUCGAGCUAGACCCAAGGUUCAAUGACAUCCUGGGCAGGCAUUCCCGUAAGCGGUGGGAGAGGUUUGUCCACAGUGAGAACCAGCACCUGGUCAGCACCGAGGCACUGGACUUCCUGGACAAGCUGCUGCGUUACGACCACCACGCCCGCCUCACCGCCCGGGAGGCCAUGGAGCACCCCUACUUCUACCCCAUUGUGAAAGACCAGGCGAGGAUGGGCUCUAUAUCAGGGCUGUCGACUGGUUCUACCCCAGUCAGCUCCUCCAGUAUGAUGACAGGCAUCACUUCCAUGUCCUCGUCGCAGCCCCUGGCUAACGUGGCAGGCUCUCCUGUGAUCUCUUCCCCCAGUGCUUUGGCCACGCAGGUCCCAGCCGCCGGGGCCCAGCCCUGAAAGGUGCUCUCAGCCUGGGGCCCGGGACGGACCCACUGCCCCUGUCUGGCCCGGCCUACCAAGCCCAGGCAACAAUCAUUUUUAUGUUGAGUAUAACAAAGAGAGAGAAAAAAAGAUAUUAGGUUCCCCUUUUUUCUUUUACCAUACAAUAAUUCUAUAUUGAGAUCCGGGCGCACAACGAGAGACAGAAAAAAGAAGAUAAAACAAACAUUACUUGAGUCUGUGUCCGGAUAAAAACAGUAGCUGCGUUCUUUCAUAAUGAGUGUCUAGAAAUGCAACUACAAUGUAGAAAUGAAGCAAAAUGGAUAAUAAAAUGUAUUUUAUAUGUCCCUAAAGUACUUUUGUUUGAGGUGGUUUUCUAUGGGCCAGAGGUUGUUAUAAUUUUCUAGUCUUUUUGUUUUCUAAUCAACCGUUAGUGGUCACAUGAAAUGACUCAUGGGCUGCAUGUAACACUUUUUGUUUCUUAAAUACAUUUUCUUCUGUUGGUCAUAUAGUUUCAACAUUGAAUUUCUCUCUAUAGAACGGCACCCCCCGGUAGUUAUUUUCAAUGUUAUCCGUAAUGUUCUUAUCACGAGGCAUUUUCACAAUGAUUAUGCUUGUUAUUUAGUUGUGGCUAUUCAAGGCUCAUUGAACAACCAUUUUGUACAAGAGUUAAGGUGACAUUGUGUUUAUAAAAUGUGUUCAAUAA